AUGGAAAUAAGGUAAAGCAAAGAAAAAGCAGCCCCCAGCAUUGCAGUAUUAAAAACCCAGAGGCGCGCAGCCAUUGAAGACAUUUUGACCCUCAAUGGCAGCAGCCUCAAGUUCAACCCUCUUUAUGCUAUCUCUCUUGCUUGUUACAGCCCAGUAUAACUCGCAAUUUCUCCUCCCACAACUGGUGUUUGCAGGAGGCCGAUUUCAUGAUUUUAACGAAAAUGAUAACGAGGAAAAGUAUUUUGGCAUCACAAUCCCAAAUCCUUUAACCGGAGAAUCCACUCACUUUGGUCUUCCUCGGUUCGCUCCUCAGGUGGAAGACCAUGCCUACAAGACAGACUACCAAGGUUUGUGGGAACUGGUUUCCAAGGACUCCGGCGCCAACGCCAUGCACAUAAACUUACUUCCCAACAACAAGAUUAUAAUGUUCGAUGCUACUGCAUUUCACAUGUCAACAAUGAAGUUGCCAAACGGACAAUGCUUUGCCUAUAAGGAGGAAAAAACUGGAAUGCAGAAUAAGGAUUGUUGGUGUCAUGCAGUGGAAUUUGAUAUUGAUACAGCAAAACUAAGACCACUCAAGAUUCAGUGGGAUCCGUGGUGCUCAUCAGGAGGCCUGGCAGCCGAUGGGACCUUGGUUAGCACUGGAGGUUGGUUACAGGGAACAAGAACUGUGAGAUAUAUGCGCACAUGCGAGAACUGCGACUGGAAAGAAUACCAAACUGCACUGGCAGACGCAAGAUGGUAUGCUACACAAGCAACGCUAGCCAAUGGCGACUUCAUUCUGGUUGGAGGCCGGAGGUCAUACAGCUACGAGUACGUUCCACAGGAAGGAGCUUCCAACCAAAAUUCCAUCAAGUUUCCCUUUCUGGACGAAACCUCUGAUUUGGACGAGAAUAAUCUUUACCCUUUCGUCCACCUGUCCACGGACGGCAACGUCUUCAUCUUUGCCAACAAUCGCUCCGUUCUCCUAAACCCUAAGACCAAUGCCAUCAUCAAAGAGUUCCCAGUCUUGGACGGCGGCGCCCGCAACUACCCAUCGUCGGGAAUGUCUGCUCUUCUCCCUAUAAAACUCGAAGCUAACAAUGAUGAGGUCAUUCCGGUGGAGGUUAUUGUUUGUGGUGGCGCCAAGCCCGCGGCCUACGGUUUAGCCCAGAAGGGAACUUUCUUGCCUGCUCUUGACGACUGUAACAGGCUUGAAAUCACAAACCCUGAAGCUACGUGGGAGAAAGAAAUCAUGCCUUCGGCGCGUGUCAUGGGCGACAUGUUGAAUCUCCCCAACGGAGACCUCCUGAUCCUCAACGGUGCAAAGAAAGGUACGUCGGCUUGGUACUCCGCUGACCACCCUAAUUUUACUCCGGUGCUUUACAGUCCCGAUGAGCCGGCAGACCAAAGGUUUAAGGAGCUUGAACCCAGCACGAUUCCCCGAAUGUACCAUUCUGCGUCGGCGGUACUUCCCGAUGGCAGAGUUCUAGUAGGAGGUAGCAAUCCCAAUGCAGGGUAUAACUUCAAGGCCAAGUACCCCACCGAGAUGAGGAUAGAGAAGUUCUCGCCGCCUUAUUUGGACCCUGCGUUGGCUGAACACCGGCCGGAGAUCUUCGUCCAGUCGUCGGAGAACUCUCUAACGUACGGACAAACCUUCUCGGUGCAAUUCAGUGUUAAUAAAUUGCUUGUGGCGAGGAAAGACAUCAAGGUGACCAUGUACGCACCACCAUUUACAACGCACGGAUACUCCAUGAAUCAAAGACUGCUUGAACUGGCUAAGCUUGAUAUGGACAGGGCUUUCCAUGGCGCCUAUAAAAUCGACGUCAUGGCCCCGCCAACGAGUGCGGUUGCUCCUCCUGGAUACUACUUGCUGUUCGUGGUUUAUCGGGGAGUGCCAAGCAUGGGGAUGUGGGUACAAAUCAAGUAAUUAAAGCCCUGUGAUUUUCAAGGAUUUUUUUCCCUUUUGUAUUAAUUUCCUUGUCUCUUUGAUCCUAAUUCCCGUGAGCCCUCCUCGAUGGAUAUGUCUUCGAUCUCAACGUGCAUGGAUGAUUAGAACA